ACCCGUCUCACUUACCGGCAUCCGUGGUCGCCAGUGCAGAGAGGGAGAAAGAGCGAGAGCGCGAACGAGAGCGGGAGAGAAUGUCGUCCACUCCCACGGAUCUCUACCUUCGCCCAGGAGCCGAGCCGCCAGGGAAAGGAGGCAGCCACGGCUACGUCCGCUCACCGUCGCCCUCCGUCCGGAGCCAGGAGUCCAUCCUCCAGCAGCGGCCCAGCAUCUUUCAGGGCGCCAACGGGACGAGCGUCAUCAGCCCGCUGGAUCCGGCGGCCCAGCUGCGCGUCAUGCAGCUGCCCCCUGGCACUCCCUCCAUCACCCAAGGCCUGCCGUCCUCCCGCUACAGCACCGCCGCCGACGCACUGGCCGCUCUGGUGGACGCCGCCGCUUCCGCCCCGCAGAUGGAAGUGGCCAAGUCGAAGGAGAGCAAGCACGACGGCGGCCGGAUCGAGGAGAACCCGGGGCGGAGGUCCUCAGUGGUCAGCGAGCAGCCGCCACCACCACCGAUGGAGCAGAAGGCGCUGGACGGGGAGAAGAGGGGCGCGUCGGGCCCUUACGCCUCCUCGGCUUCGGCGGCUUUCUCGGCCAGCAAAUCCCAGAACUUGCCGUCUUCGGCCGUCUACUCCGAGGCCGGGAAAGACAAAGGGCCGCCCUCCAUCUCCAAGUACGAGGAGGAACUGCGCACACGCGGCAAGACCACCAUCACCGCCGCCAAUUUCAUCGACGUGAUCAUCACGCGGCAGAUCGCCUCCGACAAGGACGCCCGCGAUCGCAGCUCACAGAGCUCGGAUUCGUCCGGCAGCCCUGUGGCCGCCAGUACGAGGGCUCCAGCCACCCUUACAGACUCGUGCAGGAUUCGCCCUCGCCACAGCAACCGCCGUCCCAGCAGCCCCAGGCACCCUCCGCACCCCAGACGGCCCCUCCGCCAGUCCAGACUCACCGCGUGAUCACCUUGGCUGACCACAUCUGUCAAAUCAUCACGCAGGAUUUUGCCCGCAACCAGGUCUCCAACCAGCCUUCCCUCCCGACUCCCACCAGCACAUUCCAGACUUCGGCUCUGACCUCGGUCGCGACGGCAAACCGGGCCAAAGCUUCGAACCGCUACAGCCCUGACUUCCAGGUGCAAGCCGCCCCCCACCAGCGCCCGGGCUCCCGGAUGUCCCCCGAAAACAUCCCUGAGAAAAGCAGGGGCAGGACAGACUCCCGUUCUCCGGGCAGCAUCGCCUACCUGCCUUCCUUCUUCACCAAACUGGAGAGCACCUCCCCGAUGGUGAAGUCGAAGAAGCAGGAGAUCUUCCGUAAGCUGAACUCGUGCGGAGGAAAUGAAUCCGAUAUGGCAGGUUCGGUGAGCGCCCGAGGCCCCUCCUUAGCCGACCCCGCCAGCAACCUGGGCCUGGAGGACAUCAUCCGCAAAGCCCUGAUGGGCAGCUUCGACGACAAAGGCGAGGAGCACGGCCUGGUCAUGGGGCAGCCCAUGGGGAUGGUGCCCGGCGGGUCGAGUGGGUCGCUACCCACCAACAGCGAAGCGCGGCGGGAGGAAACCAGCCCCUCCCCUAAUCCAGGUGAGCCUUUCGGGGCCGGUUUUGGUCCCUUUGGGGGUCGUGAAAUGAAUCUCCCGCCACCCGGCUUCAAAUUUUAAAAAUGUUUUGUUACAAACUCCAAAGCCUCUUUGCGAACAUUGACGGGGGGUUUUUCUCCCACUUUACAUUUCCUCUUGUACAUCACUAAUUUUACAUCACGUCGUUUCGAAUUUCGGCCCCACGUUUUCUCUCCAAAUUAUCGCAUUUUGAUUUCUCUUCACAAAUAAACAUCAUCGUUUUUCGCCCUUCCGCGAUUAAUAACGUCAACGUUUUAUCAUUUCAUUCCCCAGUU